CACGCGCGACGCGAGAGCCCCCACAAACCGCCAUUCCCAGGGCUUCCACCGGUGGCUUUCCUCCUCUUUUCUUCGGAAUCCCUGACCGAACGAGCAUCCAUCCAUCCAUUCACUCGGUCGCAUACCCCUGAUAAUAAUACUCGCGUGUGCCCUGUGCUUGAGCAAGAAGAACAUCAUCAUCAUCAGCGGCCGAGCUUAAUUUGACAGAAAUAUAGUAUAUAGCGCUUCAAAGUUUUGGAGUAGUAGCUCAUCUCGUCUCUGCCGAGUUUCUGGUAGAGCUGGAGGAGCGGAGGAGUAGUAGCGAAAUAUAUAUAAUAAAAGAAUCCACUAGCAGCUUGGCUAUUUCAGCAAAACGUAUGUGGGUAGAGAGAGAGAGAGAGAGGAGGGUGCAGAGAUAGGGAGGAGGCAUAAUUCCACUCACUGCCCCAACCACAGGACAUUCUCUUCUCUCUCUCCCUUCUGCUCAAGAAAUCCACCAGCUGCUGCAUCAGGAGGUGGAGCUCGCUCGUCGUCUUCGUCUUCGUUGCGCUUCGUCUCCUCAGGUGCCCGGAGGAGCAAGAAUUGUUGGGGGGGCAGCGAGGUAGACGCAGUUGGAGAGCCCUCUUGCAUGGAUGCAGCCCACUGGCACCAGGGGCUAGGGCUGGUGAAGCCCAUGGAGGAGAUGCUGAUGGCAGCGAACGCGGCCGCCGGCGCGAAUCCGAAUCCGGCGGCGACGGCGCCGUCGUCGGUGACUGGGGGCGCACUGAGGGGCGGCGGCGGCGGCGGCGCGCCGCCGGUGGCAGGUGGCGCGGGGGCGGGUAGCACGGAGCGGCGGGCGCGGCCGCAGAAGGAGAAGGCGCUCAACUGCCCGCGGUGCAACUCGACGAACACCAAGUUCUGCUACUACAACAACUACAGCCUCCAGCAGCCGCGCUACUUCUGCAAGACGUGCCGGCGCUACUGGACGGAGGGCGGCUCGCUCCGCAACGUCCCCGUCGGCGGCGGCUCGCGCAAGAACAAGCGCUCGUCGUCGUCGGCGGCAUCGGCGUCGCCCGCGUCCGCCUCCACGGCGAAUUCCGUCGUCACGAGCGCGUCCAUGUCCAUGUCCAUGGCCAGCACGGGCGGCGGGGCGUCCAAGAACCCGAAGCUGGUCCACGAGGGCGCGCAGGACUUGAACCUGGCGUUCCCGCACCACGGCGGGCUGCAGGCGCCGGGGGAGUUCCCGGCGUUCCCGAGCCUGGAGAGCAGCAGCGUGUGCAACCCCGGUGGCCCAAUGGGGACCAACGGCCGGGGCGGCGGCGCGCUCUCCGCGAUGGAGCUGCUCCGAAGCACCGGCUGCUACAUGCCGCUGCAGGUGCCGAUGCAGAUGCCAGCGGAGUACGCCACGCCGGGGUUCGCGCUCGGUGAGUUCCGCGCGCCGCCGCCGCCGCCACAGUCGUCCCAGAGCUUGCUCGGGUUCUCGUUGGACGCGCACGGCUCGGUGGGCGGGCCAUCCGCCGCGGGGUUCGGCUCCAGCGCGGGGUUGCAAGGCGUGCCGGAGAGCACGGGCAGGUUGCUGUUCCCGUUCGAGGACUUGAAGCCGACGGUCAGCUCUGGCACUGGCGGUGGAGGCGCAAGCGGCGGCGGCGCCGGCGUAGACGGCGGCCAUCAGUUUGAUCACGGCAAGGAGCAGCAGGCCGGUGGCGGAGGCGGCGGCCCAGGCGGGCACGACACGCCGGGGUUCUGGAACGGCAUGAUCGGCGGCGGCAGUGGCACUUCUUGGUAAUGCGGCGGCGGCGGCCAUGCAUGCAUGCAUGGCUCAUGCAAAAGCCUCCGCGCUGUGGUGGCGUGGGUUCAAAUUGGAGAUAGGCAGUAGAGACGACGAGGGUUUUAAUAAGAGGUUGGCAUUGGCGAUAAUCCAUCACUGAUUCACUGUUACUCCGUAUAAGGUGUUUUGAUCUCUCUUCUUCUUCUUUCCCGGUGUUGCAUCAUCAUCUUGGUGUUCUUUCUUCUCCCUUUUGCUGUCUUUCAUGUGAUUGUUGAUCGGCUUUGGUGCUCAACACAACAACCGAGCUCACAUGAUUCCUCAAAAGGAUCAUGAUGCAUGAUCGAUCUCUUUCUGAAUUCUGAUCUUCCAGUUCUCUCCAUUGAUCACUGUUACUACUAGUCAUCGCUUGAUCGAUGUGUGGUUAGAGAGCUGCAUGCGUCAGUGCAGUACUAGACUAGUAGAGCAUGGGAAGCUUCUUUUUAGGCUGGCUUCGAGUCCGAUGGCGUGUACGUACGUGGUACACAGGCAUGCAUGUGGUGUGUAGCUCAUUGGUUUUGCAGGGGCAUUGUGAAGCGAAGGAUGAAGGGAAGGACUCGGUUGGGGAGGAAGAAAGAAAAAUGGACCCCCAUCACCAUGCAUGUAUGUCAAACUUAGCUACAGUAUGUUUGGUAACGGCAAUGCAUCAAGCUUUUGGUUGUAGAUGUAGAUCUUGGGAAGGGUUUGCAGCUGAUCUAUGACUUUGUGUUGAUCCAAACAGUAGUGAUUCCAUCCUUUUCUAGCUUAACUUGUUAUUGUUGUUAACUUCUAUGGGAUGUGUAGAGGUCAUAUAAAGUUAUAGUAGUAGUAGUUGCAAAAGGGGUUUUUGAGCGCAUGUAAUUUAAUUUGUAUAGUACUCCUACUAUCUUAUUGUUAUAUUUACAGCCAAACUAUAAUGCACAUCUUUUUGCUCCUUGUUUCUGUA